UGAGAUCCGAAGAACGCGAAGCAGCGCCUCUGAGAUCGACCAAGAAAACUUCGGCAAACUUUGCGGGCUUCAGUCAACCUUCCGGACUCUGCUUCACCAAACUUCUCCCUUCUAAAUCGGGGCGAGGAAAAUGAAUCCACUGUGGACUUUGAUCUUUAUGCUGGGCUCUCUGGCUCUCAGCUCCUCCGAAGACACCAUAUCUCAAAAAAUGACAAAUGACGUGAAUAGGCUGAAAAGGCAUUAUAGAACCAGUGACAUCGCCCUGCGUGGACCUUCUCUGUUUCCCAAAGACCUGAGUAACUUUACGGAGGAGGAACAGAGUCUGGUGCUACAGGAGAGCUUAGAUGUGUACAUCAGAAUCCUGUCGGACAUGCUGAAGAGCACCCAGGAAAGGGAAAUUGAAAACAGCAUCAAGGCAAUCAGAGCCCAAAUAGUGGACCUGAGGAUCAGCUACUUCCACACCAGAGAGCAGGCCCUGAAGAAGCAACUGGAGGAACUGUGGGACCUGAAGGUGCACGACAAGACCACGCAGCGGAAAGCCAUACGGGACUUGCUGACGGUGUUCCAGUCCGCAACCCGGCUGGGAAGCAGGAUCCAGAAAAAGGCGGAGAGGCGGAGGAGGCGGCGUCAGACCCCUGGGGGCAGGGUGCCCCAGCCGUGACCCCGGGCCGAGACCCCAACCCUGUGCUCACGUCAUUCCCAAAUCACUAUUUAUUUAACUUAACCUAUUUAUUCCACUCGGGACAGGCCUGAGCAACGACGAAACCUCAUUUUGCAAAAUGCAAAAUUCUGUGUUAGAGCUCUGUGCUCUGUAAGUUCUGUA